UUGCCCUAGAGUGGCAGUAUAAAGAGAGUUAUUCGAACACGUCCCGUUAUACGCAUCAGUUUAAGGUGGACUACAGACACUCAUGACGCUCAUUAGUUCACGAGCAUUUUCCACUCUUUCACACUGACGAUACCAUCCGUACGAGACUGAGCGCUAAAGAAAACAUCUGCCUGAAGACUAAGAGGUUGGAGAUGGAGGCCUUUAAUCACAGAGUUAACACUUACAUUGACUCUUGGAUGGGACCCAGAGAUUCUCGGGUUAGAGGAUGGCUUCUACUGGACAACUACAUCCCCACUUUUGCCUUCACUGUUAUGUACCUUCUGAUUGUGUGGAUGGGACCAAGAUACAUGAAGAAUAGACAGCCAUACUCCUGCAGAGCACUGCUAGUGCCAUAUAACCUCUGCCUGACGCUUCUGUCUCUCUACAUGUUCUAUGAGCUGGUAAUGUCAGUGUAUCAAGGCGGAUACAACUUCUUCUGCCAGAACACCCACAGUGGAGGAGAGGCCGACAACAGGAUGAUGAACGUACUCUGGUGGUAUUACUUCUCCAAACUCAUUGAGUUUAUGGACACUUUCUUCUUCGUUCUGAGGAAGAACAAUCACCAGAUCACCUUCCUGCACGUCUACCAUCACGCCUCCAUGCUCAACAUCUGGUGGUUCGUCAUGAACUGGGUGCCGUGUGGCCACUCCUAUUUUGGCGCCACAUUUAACAGCUUCAUUCAUGUCCUGAUGUACUCGUAUUACGGCCUCUCUGCUGUCCCAGCCAUCAGACCGUAUCUGUGGUGGAAAAAGUACAUCACUCAAGGGCAGCUGGUCCAGUUUGUCCUGACCAUGUUCCAGACAUCUUGCGCUGUGGUUUGGCCAUGCGGUUUUCCAAUGGGCUGGCUGUACUUCCAAAUCAGUUAUAUGAUCACUCUUAUUUUCCUCUUCACAAACUUCUACAUAAAGACCUAUAAGAGACACGCGGGAUCCCGGAAGACCGAUUACUCGAAUGGAUCAAUAAAUGGUCACACUAAUGGGGUGACAUCCAAUGAGAAGGUUAAAUACAGGAAACCACGCGCAGAUUGACGACACUUCAUCCAUUGACGCAGUAGAGGAGCUUCAUGUAUGUCUAUCCACUUACCACACUACUUAUCUUUAAAAGACUCCUUACAUUUUUGCACACUGCAACCUCAUGUUAUUCAUACUGAAACCAAAAAUUAAGAAAAGAGAGCUACAGUUAGGGUCCAAGUUAGUGUGCUAGGGUAUUUGUUGUUUUUCAUACAAAAUUGUUCUUGAAAUACAAAGAUGACUAACAUUAAUACUGUACUGAUUUGCUCUGGUGUUUUCUCUAAGCUUGUUUGCAGACAUAAAGAAGAAUGUAUUAAAAGAAUUUACCAAGUAUGCAGAAGAAUGUCACACUUAUGAGCUGAAUUAAACAGUAGUAGCCUAUACAAUGUUUCUUUUUUUUUUUUUUACAGCACAAACAGAUAAUCUUAGUCAUUAGAAGAUAAUAACUAACAAUACAUAAGAAAUAAGAAAUACUAAGAAAAAUGGAAGCUAAUAAGUUAUAUGGACUAAUCGAGUGAGUUUAGUGAAUUAUUGAAUGUUUACAAAAGAAAACGGAUUGUUUUGUUUGUUAACACGGAUGUAGCCUAAUUUGUUGUAGCGCUGUAUUAUAGCUGAAUCUAAUGGAAACAUGUCCACGUUGUAUUUUACCCCAACUUAUAUAUUUUCUGUGUAUUUUUCAUUAUUCCCAUUAGAUUUUUUUCACAUGAUCACAUGAAAACUUUACUGUACUGCAAUGUCACGAUAUGUAGAUACUUUACAGUUUAAAUAAUAUGUAAUGUUGCAUUAGAGUAGUGAGAAUCAGUGGCGGCUCGUGGAUUUUAAAAUAGAUGAGGCACACUGGUUGUAUUGGUCGGAGAUCCCUGUCAAUUGUUGUUAUUAUUUUUAUUAUUUGCUUAACCACUUUAAAAUGGCUUUAUGGUUGCUUUUAGUCAGAAAUCGUAAAGAAUACGACACACUUAUAGCAAGCUAAUAAAAUUUCACUUAUCUGGUCUAUUACUUGAAGCAAACAUCCAUCCCUUCUUAAAAGUCUGUGAUAAAAGAGAGUUGCCUGUUGUGUCAUUUAAUUAAGCCGACUGCUGUAGCCUAUAUCCAGCUUAGGCGUGUUCUCCCUUUAUUUUUAAUUUGUAUAUAUACUGUUUGAAUGACAGUUUGGUAAAUCUGUCGAUCAAAUAUUCAAUAUCGCUACUCUUCAUAAGUACUUGGUACAUAAUCAGUGCAGCGGGAGACGUUCAAACUAAUAUCAUGUAAUUUACUUCUCUGUAAUGAUUGCGCUGAAUGUGAACACUCGAUGGUGAUUGGCUAAUAACAGCUCUCCCCUGGCCUCCCCCUUCCUUUCUGUAUCACUUAGCGGUUGUAAUUAAAUCAGCAGAUUCGGCACAUUCGCGAUAGAAAAGCACCACUGUCCAAAUUCAGCAACAUGUUAUGGUAUUACAGCUAAAAAAAUACCCCUGACGAGCCGCCACCGGUGAGAAUAAGGUUCUUUUCCACCCAAAAUGUGCUAAAAUUUCAUGAAUAUAAUGUUACGUGUUUAAUAGUUGUAAAAAACAUUUUUAAGCGUAUAAUUAUUUGUUAUAUUUUCUUUUGAUUUGUUGGUGAAAAAUGAGUCAGGCGUGACCCAGGGUUUGAAAUUCAUCUAAAUAGCCCUGUGCAUGCAUUGAUAACUGUAAAAGGGAGGGGAAAAAAUAGAUCACAAAUAUACAAUUGUUUGUUGUAUAUGAAGCUGUUGGCACAGAUUGUACAGACAUUGUGUUCAUUGCAGUGUGCAGUUUAUCAGUGUUUCAAACUUCCACUGAAGCAUCUGUCUCCACUACAGUAUCUCCAGCCUGCAGAUGUCAAUGUAUUGUCUCGUCAGUGCUUUUCGGUUUACCUGCCUAGUCUUAUAUGAACCAUUUGCUGGAAAAAAAAAAAAAAAAGAAGAAGAAA